AAUAAAGUCUUUGCCAUCAAGCUUGCAGUGACUGAGAUGGAGUCUCUAACAACUAUUCACGAAUACAGUGUUAUAGACUCAUCCAGGCCAACAUACAUACAGUCAAUACAAAUAUAAAGCACAAGAAGUCUAGUCAGUUUUCUGCACACUUGAAGGCGGGGCUUGUCUGUUGUGCUCCAUGCUGUUGCGACAGAUGAAUUGCUUUGAGGUGUAUUGCCCUAAUUUUUCCGGCUGUCAUGACGAAAUGUUGGAGUUUUUGUUGUGAACUUAGGAGGGGUUUUCUAGGGCGCACCCAGUUGUAAAGCGUCAGCUGACAGGUCUCAAAACUAUUGAGUCAACGCUUCUGGUCUUAUUGACACAAGUCAAGGAAGCAGAGCGUGUUUGCCAAAAAUGUCUCCGAUAAAGGACUUUAAUCUGGAAUAUACAGCUCCCAACAGAGAGAACAUAUUUUCUGAAGGAGAUACUAUCGAUGGUAUAGUCACUUUCACUUUGACGAAAGACACCAAAAUAAAGAGCAUGAUAGUGAAAGCCAAAGGGGACGCGGACGUGCGCUGGACAGAGGGCAGCGGAGAUGACGAGAAAACUUACAGUGAUCACAGGAGAUACUUCAAACUCAAAGAGUUCUUAGUUGAGAAAAAUCCUAAAGGCACUGUACUUCCCAGAGGAAUCCAUCGCUUUAAGUUCAGGUUUCAAAUCCCAAAGGAGGACAUGCCACCAUCAUUUAAAGGGACUCAUGGAAAUAUUGUCUACGUCCUUGAAGCAAAAAUAUCCAGGAGCUGGCGUUUGCCUACUGUAGUACAAACAGAGUUCAAAUUCUUUUCGAAGUCCUUUUCUCACUCUGGCCCUGUAUAUUCUGUUCCCCAGUCUGGUUCAGUGGGUAAAAAGAUGGGGGCGUUUUCCAAAGGAGAGGUCCAAAUGACUGCUACCGUCAACACAAAGGUUUGCUCUCCAGGUGACACGUUAUCUGUUGUUGCCACAAUCUGCAACUCUUCUUCCAAAAAAAUGAGGCCCAAAUUCAGUUUACUACAGAGAACAGUGUGCCGCGCUAGUCGCUCCACCGACACCAGUGACAAGUGUCUGUGCAAAAUGGUCGGAGAAAGCAUUGCACAGAACUCAGAGGAAACUGUGUCCUGCCAAAUGAAGAUUCCUGUUGAUGACAUCUUCACUCUCCACAACUGUGAAAUCAUCUCAGUUGACUAUUACCUCAAGGUGUACCUGGACGUUAGUUUUGCCUUUGACCCAGAGGUCCUGUUUCUACUGACCAUCGUUCCUUCUGGCUUUGCUGCCCUUCAGCCUGAUGAGACUCUGGGGCCUUACCCAGCUGGAGCUUUUGGGGCCCCAAGUUCCAGUGACUUCCCUCCCCCUGCCUUCCCAUCUGGAGCUUUUGGGGCCCCAAGUUCCAGUGACUUCCCUCCCCCUGCCUUCCCAGCUGGAGCUUACCCUGCAUCUUCUAAUCAGUGGCCACAACAGACCCCUCCAUAUGGUUUUUCAACAGCUGCUUCAUCUUCUGUGCAAAAUCAAAACCCGACUCCACCUUUGUUUCAACAGGGAGAAGCACCUCCGUCUUACAUUUCCCUUUUCUCUCCUCCUCAGGAGACUCUCGGUUGGACUGGGUCAGGUCCCAAAAGUUGAGCUUAUAAAAAAAAAAACCACACACACAGAUAGCCUGACUCAAAAGUGCUGGAAGAAUGUUAAUAAUGCUGUGAAGUAUUUCCUGAUUACAAAUGCAAAACUCAAUCAUAUAUUUCUGCUACUGUUUAAAGUUAAAAUUAUAUUACCCUUUAGGUUAAAAAACAUUUCAUAUACAGUGUGUGUUCUGAUGUAUCAAACUGAUCUGUCGUGCCUCUCAUUAAUUACACUGUGGUUUCCUUACUUUUAAUACUGUAAUGUGUUUAUUAUUGGCAAUGCUCUUAAACUAAACUUGUUUCCUUCUAUGCAAGCUUUAAACUGACCAAGGUGUAGACCAAGGUGUUAAAGAGGCCAGCACCACUUGGACUGAAGCCCCUUUCACACAGCUGUUCACCCCUCUGUUCUGCAUCAAAGAUAUGAAAACGGAUUGAGGGGACAGAGGUUUUUCACCAUUAAGAGUUCUAGUUAAAAGGCAGACUAAGCCUAAAACGGGUAUUACUACAUGUUUUUCUUGACUGUAUGGAAUGUCCAUUGACAUGUAAAAAUGUUGUACCACAUAUUAGCAUGGCUGUAUGUAUAUUCAUCACUUUCUUUACAACACGAUUUAAAAAAAAAGUUUGGAUGUUGUCAAAAAUGUAAAUAAAACAAUGUGAUAAUUUGCUAAUCCUUUGUGAUAUAUAUUCAGCUAAAAACUGAAUGAAGACAAUUUAGUUUAUGUUCGAACUGAGACUUUUGCUCUGAUUGCUGCCUAGCUGUCAGCUACUGUCUUGAGUUGUAGUGAGUUUACAAA